AUGAAGACCAACCAAGUACUAUCAUCCGAGGCUUUGAGUCUUAUUGAUCUUCCCAUAGAAGUUCGACAUGAAAUCUACAAGCAUCUCUUCUGUCACGAACCCUCCCCCCUCAGCUUUGCGUCAGUGCGGAAUGCAACAACGCUCGCGGUUGGUUCAGUAGAUGAAGAUGUAACUCCACCCAUCUUCUACACCAGCAUUUUCCGCGUCAACAAGGCCAUUUCUCGCGAUGCACUACAGUUUGCAUAUAGUGCCAACUCGUUCACGCUCACUAGCGAUAUGACUAGGUUCUGCUCGCUUGGUGACAUCGCUUUGACUUCCAUGAAAUCAGUCCGGCUUUACAACAAUGGUUUCCGCCCAAGAGAGGACUCGAGGCAAAUGUGGCAUACUCUCAGCCAUCGUUGUCCAAACCUUGAGCAAUUGGUGCUUGAACCAUCAGGCUAUAUUCUGGUGCAGGUGAUACCAUAUCUUAAAGAUUUUUUGCGGACGGGGCCAGAAGAAGAGUCUCGGCCUGAGGUGCUUGUCGAUCUGUACCUGCUGGAUCGACAUUUCUCCUUUGAUUUCCCUGAUCGUGAUUACCGCCAGGCUUUACAGGCCUUGAAGAAACGAGUGGCACCCGAUGCCUGGGAUGGAUUCUUGAAGCCCAAGCAGGUGAUCAUGAAUCUGCCAAAACACGUCAAACAGGUUCAUCUGAUCGCAGAUGUGAGUCCUGGAGUAGUGCGAGCCCUGGAUGAGGUUUUGAAGGACGACUCUACGCUCAGGCUUGUGAGGAUGACCGAGACACUCUUUCCUACGGCGGGGAGUCAACGCGUAGGCCGUCAGACGCGAUUUUGUUACUUUUGGAACUCGACAGAUGAAUACUAA